GAGUAUCGAGAAGCCAACUCGGCUUUUGCUAGUCUCCAAAGGAUUCAUUUGGCUCUCUAUAAGAAUCACUCUCUCUUUCUCUCUCUUCAGAGGAGAAAGAAACCCAAUUUGCCUUUGAUCUCUCUAUUCCUUUCUCUUCCCGGCAUCUUAUCAUGGCUCAUCUUGCCGUCUCUCAGGCUGCUCUGGCUGUUCCUGUUGGGAGUGAUUCGUCUUCCCUAAGAAGAUCCGUUUUAAAGACAUAUAGUUUAGGCUUCACAGACAGAUCAUGGGCCCCGGCUUUAACUUUGGACUUGAAACUAAGGAAUGCUUCCUUGAAAAAUCGGCAUGUAGUCUGCAUGUCAGUUCAACAAGCCAGUAGAUCUAAGGUUUUGGUCUCGCCUUUAGAACUGGAGAAUGCAAAAGAUCCCCCUUUGAACACAUACAAACCCAAAGAACCGUACACUGCGACCAUUGUUUCUGUUGAGAGAGUUGUAGGUUCAAAAGCUCCUGGAGAGACUUGCCACAUUGUGAUUGAUCAUGAUGGGAAUGUUCCUUACUGGGAAGGACAAAGUUAUGGUGUAAUUCCUCCUGGGGAGAACCCUAAAAAGCCAGGGGCUCCACAUAAUGUUCGCCUUUACUCAAUUGCAUCAACCAGAUAUGGAGACAAUUUUGAUGGCAAGACUGCUAGUUUAUGUGUUCGUCGUGCUGUCUACUAUGACCCUGAGACUGGAAAAGAGGACCCCUCAAAGAAUGGUAUAUGCAGCAAUUUCCUUUGCAACUCGAAGCCUGGAGAUAAAGUGAAGAUCACAGGCCCCUCUGGCAAGAUAAUGCUUCUACCUGAAGAUGACCCAAAUGCUACACACAUAAUGAUUGCGACUGGCACAGGCGUCGCUCCUUAUAGAGGCUAUCUCCGACGCAUGUUCAUGGAGUCUGUACCUACAUUCAACUUUGGUGGCCUUGCCUGGCUUUUCCUCGGGGUAGCCAAUACCGACAGUCUUCUCUACGACGACGAGUUCACCCAAUAUCUUAAGGACCAUCCCGGUCACUUCCGAUACGACAGGGCACUCAGUAGAGAACAAAAGAACAAGACCGGGGGCAAGAUGUAUGUUCAAGACAAAAUUGAGGAAUACAGUGAUGAAAUCUUCAAACUUUUGGACAAUGGGGCUCAUAUUUAUUUCUGCGGGCUCAAGGGUAUGAUGCCUGGAAUCCAAGAUACAUUGAAGAGAGUUGCAGAAGAGAGAGGGGAAAGCUGGGAACAGAAGCUUUCACAACUGAAAAAGAACAAGCAGUGGCAUGUGGAAGUCUAUUGAUUCUGCAGUGCUAAUAAACCUUUUUGAUGCCAUCCCAAGUAGUGCUUUCUAGUUGGUUAACAGUCCGUUCUUCGGUAAGUUUUACUUAAAGAACUUGAUUAAAUUGUGCCAUUGGAUUGGUGAUCGAUGAGAUUCUUAAUACAUCAGAACUGUACUUCCAUUCAGUUGCUUUGUAUUUCAAGUUUAAUGGUUUGAACUUAGCCAUGUCAACACUCCUUGAUGGAGAUAAAGACAAAUGAAAUAUCCAUGCUUCAUAUUUGGAGUGUGGGAAAAUUACUUGGUAUUUUUGUUUUCUGGGUAGCAUGA